AUGCAAGACUCGGAAAUGAGUGUCAACGAUACCAUCUCCCCUUCCUUUUCUCUAGAUAGCGAUGAGGAGGUCAAAGGCCUCUUGGAGCCUUCGGUUCCAUGGUCGCAACCCAUCAAACGUUACUCUUUCUUCCGAUCCAACCUCCACAUUGCUCUGUUAUACGUCUCCAAUGCAUGUCUUCUGAUACUCCUUGUCUUCACAACAACCCUCGCUUCACGCGGCGAUCCUGCGCUUGCAGUAUGGUCACCCGCAAACAGUGCCGUCGAGUAUGUUCCGAAGCAGCAUUUUCGAGCGGCACUCUUCAAUUUGACCGAGUACAUGGGGUAUCCUACAGCGGACGGGAAAACCGACAAGCUAUGGAGCGAUCUUUAUAACUUUGGCAUUUCUAUAAUAUCAAAGGAGGAAGCCUCAAAGCUGCCAUCCCCCACCAUUGCGAUUCCAGGAACUGAAGACUACCUCGUUGAACUGGAUGUCUGGCAUGAGCUGCAUUGUUUGAAUGAUCUCCGCAAACUACUUUAUCCGGAGGUUUACGGUGGGCUGCUGGAAGUUACCUUGUCCAAUGGAACUAUUAACCGAGAUACGGAUGCGUUCCGUCACUGGGACCAUUGCGUGGACUCUAUCCGACAGACUCUCAUGUGCCAUAGUGACGUCUCUCCAAUACCUUUCCACGUCAACGUACCAGCGAACAUUGGGAUCUUCCCAAGACUGGCAACCACGCACACCUGCAGGAACUUCACCAAGAUUCAGGAGUGGGCGAAGGAUCGCUGGGCAGGAGAUUGGGACUUUAAUGUUAACGAGACCAAGGCACAAGAGCUUAUAGAAGCUUCGGGUUUUGACAACAGCCCCGAGGAAGAUAUCCAGUUCUUGUGGAGGCUGUUUCCUGGAAACAAGUGGUUUAAGUACUGGCGGGAGCACGAGUACACCAGGCCUGCAACGGCCAAACAGGGCAAUUAA